AACAAGGACUUCCGCAUUUCUCCUGUGCCUGUGCCUCUCCGUUAUCUGGCUGGCUUCUCCAAAGUUGGGCCAGAGUCGGGUCCUGUUGGCGCUCUGGUAGCAUCUCCGACAUGGAGGGACUGCUCUCCUUCAGGGAUGUGGCCAUUGAUUUCUCUGCAGAGGAGUGUGAAUGCUUGGACCUCGCUCAGUGGAAUCUGUACAGGGAUGUGAUGUUGGAGACUUACAGCCACCUUGUGUUCCUGGGUCUUGCUUUCUCUAAGCCAUACUUGGUCACAUUUCUCGAGCAGAGUAAAGAGCCCGGGAACGUGAAGGGACCAGCAACAGCAGCUGUAUACCCAGGAAUAAAGCCUUCUAAAUUUAAACAGUGUGGCCAAAUCUUUCCCUGGAGCUCACUUCUUAUUCAACACCAUAACACUCAUCCUGGUGAAAAACUCUACAAAUGUGAUGAGUGUGGCAAGGCCUUUAAUGUUCGCUCAACACUGUAUAAACACCAUAGAAUCCAUACUGGAGAGAAACCCUACAAAUGUAAGGAGUGUGGCAAAGCUUUUACUUGUUCUUCCAGCCUUAACCAACACCACAGAAUUCACACUGGUGAGAAGCCCUACAAAUGUGAGUGUGGCAAAGCUUUUAAUAAUUCCUCAGCUCUCACUCAGCACCAAAGAAUUCACACUGGAGAGAGACCAUACAAGUGUGAAGAAUGUGGCAAGGCCUUUAAUAAUUGCUCAGCCCGUACGCGACACCAAAGAAUCCAUACUGGAGAAAGGCCCUACAGGUGUGCACACUGUGGCAAGACCUUUAAUUUUCCCACAUCUCUCUCUCAACACCAGAGAAUUCAUACUGGAGAGAAACCCUACAAAUGUGAGGAGUGUGGCAAAGCUUUUAACUGUUCCUCCCAUCUUAAACAACACCGAAUUAUUCAUACUGGAAAGAAACCCUACAAAUGUAAGGAGUGUGGCAAGGCUUUUAACUGUUCCUCGAGCCUUAACCAACACCACAGAAUUCACACCGGUGAGAAGCGCUACAUAUGUGAGGAGUGUGGCAAAGCCUUUAAUAACUGUUCAGCUCUCACUCAACACCAAAGAAUUCACAGCGGAGAGAAACCAUACAAGUGUGAAGAAUGUGGCAAGGCCUUUUAUAACUGCUCAGCCCUUUCUCGACACCAAAAAAUUCAUACCGGAGAAAAGCCCUACAAAUGUGCAGAUUGUGGCAAGGCUUUUAUUUUCCGCUCAUCACUUUCUCAGCACCAGAGAAUUCAUACAGGAGAGAAACCCUACAAGUGCAAAGAGUGUGGCAAGGCGUUUAACUGUUCUUCACACCUUAACCAACAUGGGAGGAUCCAUAGUGGAGAGAAGCCUUAUAAAUGCGAAGAGUGUGGCCAGACGUUUAUCUGUUCUUCGUACCUACAUAAGCACCAGAAGAUUCAUGCUAUUGAGAAGCUGUACGAAUGCAAAGAUUGUGGUAAAACCUUUAGCUGCUCUUCAUACCUUAAGUAUCAUCAGAGAUUUCAUACUGGGGGCAAAUCCUACACGUGCAAAGAAUGCAACAAAACCUUUAGGUCGUCGUCUUACCUUAGGAAUCAUCAGAGAUUUCAUACUGGAGAGAAGCCCUACACAUGCAAAGACUGUGGCAAAGCCUUUGUUAGUUCCUCAAGCCUUCUCGUACACCAAAGAAUUCACACUGGCGAGAAACCAUACAAAUGCAAAGAAUGUGGCAAGGCCUUUAGGUGCUCUUCAUAUUUUAAAUAUCAUCAGAGACUUCAUACUGGAGAGAAGCCGUACACAUGCAACGAAUGUGGGAAAGCCUUUGCUAAAUCUUCAUGUCUUAUUCUACACCAAAGAAUUCAUACUGGUGAAAAACCCUACAAAUGUGCAGAGUGUGGCCAGGCAUUUAUCUGUUCUUCCUACCUGAGAAAGCACCAGAGAAUCCAUACUGGUGAGAAACCGUAUACGUGUGAAGAGUGUGGCAAAGCUUUUAGUAUCUACUCCACCUUCACUCAGCACCAGAGAAUUCAUACCGGAGAAAAACCUUAUAAAUGCAAGGAAUGUGAAAAAGCAUUUAAUAAUCAUUCAGCCCUAAUUAAACAUCAAAGAAUUCACACUGGAGAGAAACCUUAUACAUGCAAAGAAUGUAAUAAAGCCUUUAAUAAUAGCUCAAGCCUUAUUCGGCAUCAACGAAUUCAUGCUGGAAUUGAGACCUUUGACAUUCAAGGAAUAUGGCAAGGCCUUUAAUAAUAGUUCACUUCUUAGCUUCAAACCCCAUACUAGUGAGAAACAGUGGAAAUGGAAAAAAAAUGUGACUAAUUAAUAAAUGUUCUAUACAUACACAAUGUAAAACACCAUGCAUGAAAGAAACCCUACAAGUUCAAAUGCGUUGCAAGUUUGUUAAUUCUUCUUCAUGUCUUUAUUGGUAGCAGAAAAUUUUGUAUUGAGGAGCACUACAAAUAUAAAUAAUGUAUCAAGGCUUUUAAUGAAUGCUCACUCCUCAUCAAUGAAUUCAAGCUUCGUAGAAGUCUUAUCUGUUCCUUGACUUUGGAAGGAACUCUGUCCAGUAU